AGUCUGUUGUUGUUGUUGACCAGUCUUGGAAGGGGAAGCUGAGGAACUGCGCGUCCCUCUGCCAGGGGUGUCAGAGGCGGUAUUACGCACUUUCACCGCUAUCUGAUUCACGUAGAUCUGUAGGCCUAUCUAUGCGGAUCGGUCACAUAUGCAACGAAAAUAAGUUUUUUUUCUGUUGUAUUUAAAUAGGCUACCAAUGUUAUGUGUGUUUGCCGUAGGCUAUAGCCCUUGAACACGAUCUGAAUCAUUGUCGGGACUAAAAUAACUCGUGUCGAAAUGUCCUCUCGUCUAUAACUAGAACACAGACUGCAAGUCUACUUUAACAGAAGAGGUGGCGACCAACGUGAACUUGUUGCAAGAAUUGUCACAAUUGCUGGGUGGUCAUUUACAGUGUCUGCUACAUUUAUCCUACUGCAUGACGUCGGUCAGAUUAAAGCGAAUGUUUGCAAGUCGAGAAGUCUACAACGCUGAAAGAUGAAGGGGUCUGAAUCUCUUCAGGAUUUGAAAAGGCAAGUUUGUAUAACAAUUGAUGAAGCCAAGGAGAAAUUUUGGCACCUUAACCAAGACAUUUGGACUUGUCCAGAGCUAGCGUAUGAAGAGAAAAAAGCGCAUGACAGACUGGUAAGAUUUUUCAGUGAAGACAACGGAUGGAUCGUGGAAGGUCACUAUAAACUUGACACGGCAUUUUGCGCAACAUGGGGACCCUUCGAAGGAAAGUGCGCUGACAAUGAAGUUCAUAUUGGUUUCUUGUGUGAAUACGAUGCUUUGCCUGGAAUGGGGCACGCUUGUGGCCACAAUUUGAUAGCAGAAGUGGGGGUAGCAGCAGCAACAGGCUUAAAGGUUUUGUUGGAAACUCUGUCAGACUGUCCACGUGUUAAGAUUACUGUUUUUGGAACUCCUGCAGAGGAAGCUGGUGGGGGGAAGGUUGACAUGAUUGAUAAGGGGGCCUUUGAGGGGCUAGAUGUGGUGUUCAUGGCACAUCCUUCACAAGAGGAUGCCACCUAUUUGCCAAUUAUUGCUGAGCACGACAAGAUGGGGGCACAAUGUGGCAGGAGACCCAUUCCCUAUGUAGAUAUUAAAAGGCUCAUUCUAAACUCAGGAAACACAACAUGCAGUGUUGUUGUGAGGUACCAUGGCAAAGCCGCCCAUGCCGCUGGCUAUCCUUGGGAAGGAAUCAAUGCUCUUGAUGCAGCUGUCCUUGCCUAUAACAACCUUUCUGUUCUCAGGCAGCAGCUGAGGCCAGACUGGAAAGUACAUGGUAUUAUUCGUCAUGGUGGGGUUAAACCCAACAUCAUCCCAGACUUCACCGAACUUGAAUAUUACCUGCGAACACCAUCACGCAAAGACCUGCAAACUAUCCGAGCCAAAGCUGAAAUGUGUUUCAAAGCAGCAGCCAUGGCAACAGGUUGUGAGGUUGAAGUUCUAUUUGCAAAAAAUGAGUUUCACAACUUAUUGCGUAUUCCUACGCUGGAAAGGCUGUUUGAACAGAAUGGAAAAGCUUUAGGCAUGGAGUUCAUCCCAGACAUCAAUGGCUCUGAGGGUUCAACAGAUUUUGGGAAUGUAUCAUUUGUUGCACCUGGUAUUCACCCCAACUUCUACAUUGGUUCUGAAGCUUUAAACCAUACAAAAGAAUACACAGUGGCAGCUGGUUCAGAGACAGCACAGUUCUACACUUUGCGGACUGCCAAAGCUUUGGCUAUGACGGCCCUUGAUGUCAUUUUCUGCCCAGAGAUGAUGCAGAGGGUGAAAGUAGAAUUUAAUGAGGCUAAACUGAAAGAAGAAUGAGUAUAAAAUUGAACAAGACAAAGGGCGAGCCUCUCAACACUGAAUAAUAACUUAAUAGAAAAACAACUUAGCCAAGCUUGGAAAGAUGAUCAACUUAAGGGAGAAUUCCGGCAGCACUCUGGGGGCAUGUUCGUGAGCAGCUACUGCUACACUCUGGGGGCAUGUUCGUGAGCAGCUACUGCAACACUCUGGGGGCAUGUUCGUGAGCAGCUACUGCUCUGGGGGCAUGUUCGUGAGCCGCUACUGCAACACUCUGGGGGCAUGUUCGUGAGCCGCUACUGCAACACUCUGGGGGCAUGUUCGUGAGCCCCCAUGUUCACUGUAGCUGUCUGCGCAGAUCCAGCUGUUGGCUGCAGCAACUUGAGCUAUAGGUAGAACCAAUUGUUUUCGUUUUUUUACGCACCAGCAGUACUAGUGAACACGAGAAACAGAGAUCUAUGUGAAAAAUCGCUGGAAUUCUCUUUUAAAUGGGACAUAAACAACAUGAGACAUGGCUAAUAUUGUUAGGAUUUAAAUAAUGACUAAUUCUUAUAUAAUAAAUAAUUACUCUUCCUC